UUUUAUGAAUAAUCCCUAUACAAAAUAAAUGAGAGCAAAGCGCUAUUUACAUUGCUAACCGUAGCUCCGUUCGUGCCAUCGUUUACCUCGAGCGGAAACCCGACGGACCUGAGGAGGACCAAGCAGACCGCAGCGUAAUGGGAGAUCAUUACCCUCCCCCUCUCUUGCCGCAUGAAGGGCCGUUACCUAGAGUUCCAGCUGUGUCGGAGGCCGUGGACACCGCGCUCGCUGCCUGCCACAGCCACCCUUACCCCGCAUACACUGCCGCCACUUCUGAAGGGCCGACGCUCUCACGCAUUCUACUUCCUGACGUUGUUCCUGGAGGACCCUUCGCCUCAGCGCGGUCUCGCUGAGGACUUAGACAACAUUCUGCCUGACACAAAACAAGCAAGGGAAGAUGAAGUGGCUCGUGUUGGCAGCGAUUCUGGCGACGACGCCCCCGACCUCAGUGACCGCCCAGUGCUUCUCCCAGAAUGACCGCGUGAUUACCCCCUCGAGUUCGGAGCUGUCCCAACUCACCCGCUUCGCCGUGGCCCUGUACAAGGACAUGCUGGCCCGAAACACCACCGGGAACUACCUGGUGUCGCCCUACAGCGUGUGGAAGGCCCUCACCCUCGCGUACUUCGGGUCGUCAGGGAACACCCAGGCUGAGCUCGAGGGCGUUCUCGGGGCGGACGACAAGAUCUCCUCGCUGAAGGUGUGGAGUCACCUCGACCGCCUGUACGGCACAGAACAGAGCAGCGAAGACGCGGGCGUGGUGAUGGAAGGGCGGGCGUACCUCAGUGGGCGUCGGUCCCUCAGGCCGUGCGUGGAGGAGAUACUCGAAGACGCCUUACGCACUCUCGACUUCUCUAACCCCGCCGUGGUGAGGGUCGUCAUGCCCAAGUUCAAGAUCGAGUCGCAGGAUGGGGAUGGCCUGCAGGAGACUCUCUCCCGCCUCGGCGUGAGGGACCUCUUCAGCGAGCGCGCAAACCUCUCCGUGUUUUCCCCCGAGGGCAACCUGAGGGUGGGUCGCGCAGCCCACAAGUCGGUCAUGGAGGUGGACGAGGGCGGCACCGACAGCUCCGUCUCCUCCUCGGCCAAGAACUUCGCCGUUCCGCCCGCCAGAGGACGUCCGGCGGAAGAGCUAGGCCCGCUGAGGAACCGGGUGUUCGUGUGCAACCGGCCCUUCGCAUUCCUCCUGAGGGACACCCGGGCUGGGAGGCUGCUGUUCAUGGGCGCCCUCAAGGAUGCUCCACUGUGAGGGGCGGCCGGCGGGAGGGGGAUGGCGAAGCAGGUUGAACGAAGCAAGAAAGACAGAGAAGAAACCAGAGGAACCUUGAUAUUAGGAACACAAGAGCAAUGUCUCGAAAGCAUGGCGCCUCCGUCCCUACUCUUGGGUAAGGCGUAAAACAGUUCCAUAUGUAUGCGCAUGUUAAAUACAUUUUGUUUAUAUAUGCGCCUCUGUGUAUGUUCAUAUAUGUAUGUAAAUAUCUACGUGAAGUAUUUUUCUUCAUUGUUUGACAAGGCCUGGUAACCGGAUGCUUGUGCUGUGACUGUUCCGGAUAAUAGCUGUUUUUACUUCCAUUCCCUCCAGCAUUGCAUUUGUUAUUAAAUUAUUUGCUUUAUAUCAUUAUUGAGUGUCGGAUGUAUAUGUAUACACAC